AUGCAUGACAUAUUAAGGUUCAAUAACACAGAUAGCUUGGAGCAGCCAUUUGGAGGAAAGACAAUUGUUUUUGGGGGGGAUUUUCGCCAAAUACUUUCAGUCAUCCCGAAAGUGUCUAGGCAAGAGAUAGUCAAUGCCACUAUCAACUUAUCAUACUUGUGGGAUGACUACAAGCUUUUGACACUUUCAAAGAACAUGCGCUUAAAAUCAAGUGAUUCAAACUCAAGGUCAUCUGAGUUGAAAGAAUUUGCUGAUUGGAUACUAAGUAUAGGUGACGGCAACCAAGGGUCACGAUCAAAUACAGGUGAAAAGGUUGUCAUUCCCGAUGACAUAUUGGUUUCCGAUUGGGUAGACCCAAUUGAAGCAAUAUGUAGAGUAACUUAUCAUGAAAUCUUUUCAGGAAGAAAUAUUGACCAACAGAUUGAAGAUCGAGCUAUCCUUGCACCAACACUGCAGUUAGUUGAUGAGAUCAACAACUACAUGAUGAGUUUAAAUCCGGCUGAAGCGUAA